UCCAUCCUUACCAACUAAACCUCAUAUCCACCUGCCCUUUCAAGACGUAGUCAAUUAAGUUAUAAGGGUGGUCUAAUCAUUUGUGUUUUGGCUUCGUCAAUAAAAAUUUCUUUACCAGCUGAUAAUUUCCGAAGAACUGGGUUGGUCAAUUUGAUUUGUUCUCAAAAAGUUCAGCGUACACCUCCCUGAAAAUCCCUUUCAUCAUGAACUUUUACCUUUUCUCUUCUCUAUUAAGUCUGAGGGUCCUCAAUACGGCGGGUCUUAGCUACAAGUACCAAGGAAGCACUGUUCACUCCUCUGAUGGUUUUGUUGUCUUCUCAGAACAAUUUUUUAUUCUCCCUUGAAGAUGCAGAAUUUGAAGUGGCAAAAGGAGAUUUUAACAGCUACUGUCGCAGACUUGGCCAUGAACACCAGCAUUGCAUUGAUAUGUAUUUGCUCAAUCAUCAACGUCUGCUGCCUGAAGAUACUCCACAAAUACCAUUUCAUCCUCAUCUGCAAGCUCUUAGACCUUUCAUUGAACAAGAACGUGAUGAUGCUUAUUAUGAAGAAAUGAUCUACAAUGUGGACCUUGAUGACCCUGAUCCUGAGUGGAGUGACUGGGGAUCAAACCCUUUUGAUUCUCCUGCAUCCUCAGAGCAAAACAAAUCUGCAAUCUCUUUUUUUGAUGGAGAAGGAUACCAGCAAUAAGGCUUCCACUCUGAUUCAUCCUCAGACUUUGCAAGAACCAUUCCUGAAGCAUGGCUUGUUGAAGAAAAUAAUAUUUUUGAAGAUACAAUACUUGAACCUGGUUUUCUUCCAGCACCUCAGCUACCACAUCAAUCUACUGAAAUGCAAUAGCCAGUCAACCCUUCCAUUUUCCUUAUUUCAGACAUUGAAGAAUCAGAGCUCAUCUCAGACUCGGAACUUCGAAGCCCAGCCAUAAAAAGGCUCAACCCUGACCAGCAAACAUUCCUUAACAAUGCUGGCUGAGGUCAAUAAUCCUCAAGAGUAGUCACUGAUGAAGAUCUUAAGCAAUUGAUAAAUAUCUAUCCGCCAGCUAAAAGAUUCAAGCAUGACUCCUUGGAACAACCAACAGCUGAACAUUCUAUCAGUUCCAUUAUCUGCACUUUCAAUACUACAUCCAUUGGAGAAAGCUCUUCUCAGCCAGCCAUCAAUACAUUACCUGCAGACACUGAAUAACUACAACACCAGCUACUGUAAUCAGAUUCACCCGAAGAAAAAGAAAAUGACUCAUUAAAGGGUCGGUGGAUAUCUCAACUCACAUAUCACUCUUAUCUCCUAUUUUGGUUCACUCUGUUAAUAAGCCAUCCCUUUAUGUAUAAUAUGAUUGCUAGUUAUAUUAGGAUUGUUUCUUGACUGAGCUGGUGGUUAUCACCUUUUUUUCUUGCUCAACUGUCCAUGUUACAUAUAGAUUUCUUGGUUGUGUAUGCAUAUACUUAUCUGUG